UAGACGAUUCGCUCCGAAACUCAGCUCCGGCCGCCCGGACCGCGCCGCCACCCCCCGCCUCCCCCGCGCCCGCCGCCGUCUCCGCCUCCCGCCGGAAGGACCGCGGCGCCACACGAUAGCCGCCGAUGUCAUGUCUUGCGCGAGCGGCGAUGGCCAUCUUCUCCAGCCUCCUCGCGUGCCUCAAGCGGCUCAAGGCGGCGGGCUGCGGCCUCCGUUGCGGCGGCAGGGGCGCCGCCGGGAGGGCCGCGGAGGACGAAGCCGAGGACGACUCCUCCUCCGGCCUCUUCUACGACCUCCGGUCGCUCCAGGUCGCCACCAACUUCUUCUCCGAGCUGAACCAGCUCGGUCACGGCGGCUUCGGUCCCGUCUUCAAGGGGUUGAUGCCCGAUGGCCAGGAAAUAGCUGUAAAGAAGCUGUCUCAAACUUCAAGACAGGGGAUGAGGGAAUUCACCAACGAGGUGAAGCUGUUGCUGAAAAUUCAACACAGAAACCUGGUCAUGCUGAUGGGCUGCUGUGUGGAAGGACAGGAAAAGAUGCUGGUUUAUGAGUAUCUGUCGAACAGGAGCCUCGACUGUUUCCUUUUUGCUAAAGAAAAGUCUCCAUUGCUGGAUUGGAUGACUCGGUUCCGAAUAAUUACUGGUGUGGCGAGAGGUCUGUUAUACCUGCAUGAAGAAGCCCCUGAAAGGAUUAUCCAUAGAGACAUUAAGGCUAGUAACAUAUUGCUUGACGAUCAGUUGAAUCCCAAAAUUUCAGAUUUUGGUUUGGCGAGGCUUUUUCCUGGUGAAGACACGCAUCUGAAUACAAUGAAGGUAUCCGGGACUUAUGGUUACAUGGCUCCUGAAUAUGCAAUGCGUGGAUAUUUGUCCGUGAAAACUGACGUUUUCAGCUACGGAGUUCUGGUCUUAGAGAUUGUAAGUGGGAGAAAGAAUCAUGACGGCCGACUGGGUGCGGAAAAAACAGACCUCCUGAGUUAUGCAUGGAAGCUCUUUCAAGAAGGGAAGUCAUUGGAUCUGGUGGACUCGAGCCUUGUCAAAUACAACCCUGACGAGGCAGCAAUGUCUAUUCAACUAGGAUUGCUGUGCUGUCAAGCAAGUUACGGAGACAGACCAGAUAUGAACUCGGUGCACCUCAUGCUUUCCAGUGAUUCAUUCACAUUGCCCAGACCAGGAAAACCCGGAAUCCAAGGGCGAACAGCACGUUGGACAACGACUUCGUCUUCCGCAUUCACCAAAACUAAUCCAAGCAGUACACAAACUGGAGGUACUAAAGUUUCUACUGGUAGCAGCUUUGCCGAGGAGUAUUCUAGAAAUUCAAUCUCCAUUUCCUCCAUAGAUGAAGGCAGAUGACCUUAAAGCAUGUACAUGAGGAGAUGCUGGUCGCCGAUGCACAGGGUUUGAACCGGGAUCGUCAUAGCUCAUUCAAUACAUAGGUAAGAGUACCUACAUGCAUCGAACAUGUGAGCUCACUUGAUCUCGAUCCUUGAAUUUAAACACAGGAUCUACAUGAUUCAGUAGUUGAGCUCGAUUCCAGUCACAUUCUCGAGAAUGACCUGAAUGUAUUCUCGUCCUGUGCCACGGGGGACGCUCGAAACAUAGUGAUUUGCUUCAUCAGGGAAAGGUUUUCUUUGAAAUACUUCGUUUUCACUGGCCAAAAAGGCCUUGAGAGGUCGUAUCCUCGUCGAAGAUAGAGGUCAUCAUCGGCGGGUCCGAGGAGAAUUAGUGAUGCCCACUGCCUCUUCUAUAACCGUUGGAUAAGCGUAGAAUUUAUUUCAUAAAUUAUUUAGCUGCAUGUUUUAGGGAAAAUUAUAAGGCUCUCUUUAUUUCAUGAAAA